AUAUAAGGAAAAAAGAAAUGAGUCCCUCACAAAUGUUCUACAUUCUAACUUGCUUUUCCCUUCAAUUUCUAUGUGACAGCUUUCUCAAGCUCAAGACCAGUACUUCUACUCUUCCCUUAACCAUAUGGAAUUACAUGGCUCCAACUCUAACCAACCUGAAAUGGGCCUUUGACACCCUCCUCUACAACCCGUUUUCUUUCUCUGCUCCUGAUCGCCUCUACGACAACAUUCAGAAAACCGGCACCGGGGAACUCAUCCGAAUAACCCGGUACGAGCGCAAUCCCAUGGAAGGAGAGCAAUGCUCCGCAGAAAAUGCAGAGCAGUGCGCGGUUUGCCUCGGCCAGGUUCAAGAGGGAGAGGAAAUAGGAGAGCUGAGAUGUUCCCACGUUUUUCACCUGCUCUGCUUAGAAAGAUGGGUUCAAUUUAAACACAAGACAUGUCCCCUUUGCCGUGGCUCUCUAGCUGCUCCGCCGCUCAAUGCUGCCGCCGCCGCGGCCGCCGGCGUAGCGGAUUUUGGAGUUGAAGUUCUCUUCUUCAAGUUUUGCUCUUUCGGUUCUAAUGAUGAUGAACGUGAUUCAUGGUGGCUGCGGUGAUUAAUACAAAUUAGAGUCGCACGUGUGUAGUUGAUAUGCAAUAAGAACAAACAAACGUAUGUAGUAUAUGUAAUGUAAUAAAUUGAGUGGGCUUAGGAAGAUGGUGGAAUUCUUUCUUUCUUUUGAUUUACAAAAAAGAAAGAGGGAGAGGACUUUUCCUUUAUCUGCGGAAGCAGAAAAAGGGAAAAGUGUAUCAAAGUUUCCAUCUACACUCAUCUUUUGCUAGUAAUAAUUGGUUAGUAAGGAUAAUAUAAUUUUUGUUUGCUGAUCGUGUAAGGAUACUAUUAUUUGUGUA